CCUAGCAGGGCUCAUGGAAAGCAAACAAAAUAAGACUAAGAAGCCAGCUGUUCCGUCUUUUCUUAGGUAUAUAGUAUUAAAAUUUAUCAAUGAAUCGUUACUUAAUAAAUUUAUCGUAUAUUGGAACUCAGUUCAGAGGCAUUCAAAAAAGUCAAUUGAAAGGAAGCGUGAUAGAAGACCCCCACACUGUAGAAGGCGCUCUUGAAAUUGCAUUAAAAAAACUGCAUCCAAUCAACGAUUUUAAGAUAAAGAUAUCUAGUCGGACUGAUGCCGGUGUCCACGCACUUCAUAACGCUAUCCACGUUGACCUAGAACGACAUAAUGGGCAACUGUAUAGCGAGGAUACAAUUACGCGGCAGUUAAACAGAUCAUUCAAAUCACAGGCUCUUCCAGUUAGGAUACUUAGCACCCGAUUAGUUCCAAAGUCCUUCAGUGCGCGAUUACAUGCUAAAUCACGUACAUAUAUCUAUCGAUUGGGCGUGCUGAAGCCACAGUUUUGUGAUAAACCUGACGCACAUCCUUUCAAUCGUUUUUUACCGAUCGAAGAAAAUGACCGGUGCUAUUUUAUUGCCCAUCCACACUUCGAUAUUGAAAAACUGAAACGUGUGGCAAGUAUAUUCGUAGGGUAUCACGAUUUCAGAACAUUUAUGGCGAUUUCAAAGGGGAAUCCAAAACAGCUAGAACCAUCACAUACCCUAAGAAGUAUUCAGUCUAUCACAGUGGAGCGUGGAACAUGCAUGACAUUGUCAUUUAAUCGAGAUUUAGUGGAACAUUUUUACGAUUAUUGGGAUAUUCGAAUUAAAGGGCGAUCUUUUUUGUACAAACAGGUUCGUCGUAUGGUAGGUGCCUGGAUAGCGGUAGCAGAAGGACGUAUAACAGAACGAGAUGCAUAUGAAAUGCUAACAGUUCCAUCGUCACAUUCAUGGUGUGAACAAUCGCAAGUAGUGCCGGCAUAUGCACUUUAUUUGUGCCAGGUUGAGUACGAUCCAGCGGAUUUAACAAUACCCCUAGAUGAGCUUCCUAGACCAACUUCGACAAAGCAAACAAGCAUUACAACCAACUGAAACCACCGUUACUUACAGUGAUGGCAGUCGAAAAAUUUUCCAAGGUGAAUUGGAACGUGUUGCACCUGCACAACUGGGAUACGUUGUUGACUAUAGUCCUGAUCAAGUACCCGCUUGUAUUAUGAGCCAAUUUCUGUACC